AGAGCGUUCUCCGUCCGCUUUUCGCGGGCAGUACGAAAACAACUACGGAACACAGAGAACCCAAGCCAAGCCAAUUAUACCGACGCGUCAUUUCGCCCCCCAUUUUACUUGAGUGUGAUUAGUGUGAUUAGUGUGAUUUGUGACAUUUUUGCUGUGUCAGCGCUUGGAGGAACAUUCGCUGGAUUGAAAAUGAAUCUGCUGCUCCUGGUGGCCACCGCGGCCUCCGUGGUGGCUCUUGGCUCCGCGGAGCCGUCAAUGCUAUCCGAUGAGUUCAUCACGGUGGUGCGCAGUAAGGCCAAAACCUGGACGGUUGGACGUAAUUUCGAUGAAUCCGUGACGGAGGACCAUAUCCGCCGCCUGAUGGGCGUCCAUCCGGAUGCACACAAGUUCGCCCUGCCCGAGAAGAAAGAGGUUCUGGGUGAGCUGUACAAGGCCACCGAUAAGGAGAUUCCGGAGGAGUUCGAUGCCCGGAAGGAGUGGCCAAACUGCCCGACCAUUGGCGAAAUCCGUGACCAGGGCUCUUGCGGCUCCUGCUGGGCCUUUGGGGCCGUGGAAGCCAUGUCCGAUCGGGUGUGCAUCCAUUCCCAGGGCAAGGUGAACUUCCACUUCUCGGCCGAUGAUCUGGUGUCCUGCUGCCACACCUGCGGAUUUGGUUGCAACGGAGGCUUCCCCGGCGCCGCCUGGAGCUACUGGACGCGCAAGGGCAUCGUCAGCGGAGGUCCCUUCGGAUCCAACCAGGGCUGCCGUCCUUAUGAGAUUUCCCCUUGUGAGCACCACGUGAAUGGAACCCGUCCGCCCUGCGCCCAUGGCGGUGGAACGCCCAAGUGCCAGCACGUGUGCCAGAGCAGCUACACGGUGAACUACGCCAAGGACAAGCACUUCGGCUCCAAGUCCUACUCGGUGCGCCGCAAUGUGCGCGAGAUCCAGGAGGAGAUCAUGACCAAUGGACCGGUGGAGGGUGCCUUCACCGUUUACGAGGAUCUCAUCCUGUACAAGGAUGGCGUCUACCAGCACGAGCACGGCAAGGAGCUGGGCGGUCAUGCCAUCCGUAUCCUGGGCUGGGGCGUCUGGGGCGACGAGAAGAUCCCCUACUGGCUGAUUGGCAACUCGUGGAACACCGACUGGGGCGAUCGCGGUUUCUUCCGCAUCCUGCGUGGCCAGGAUCACUGCGGCAUCGAGAGCUCCAUUUCGGCGGGUCUGCCCAAGCUGUAGAUUGUAUAUGUAUUGCGGCUGUACGCUGAUAUCAACCCUCUAUUUACUAUCGUCCCCCUUUUAAUUUCAAUUCCCGUUCGCAAAUGACGUUUGUAGUUAAUGUAAACAACUAAACCUGAUUGAUAAUAAAGUAUUGUAUAUGACUGUGGAA